CGUUAGUCACUUCAAUACAAUUUGAACAUUCUUUCAAUAAUUUAAACAAUGAAUCAGCUCACCCUGGCCUACAAUCAAUUGAUACAGACCCAAUUAAAGGUUAUAAAUUGUACAGUUUAAUCAGAGUUGUUCAAACAACAAUAGGAAGGAUCGUAUUAGAUGAAUUAGAAUUUGUUGAUUCAUCCAAUAAUAUUUUAGAAAAAUAUAAACUAACUAAAAACAAUGAAUUGAUCUAUAUAAGUGAAACUGAAAUACCAUUGGUUGAUUUUUUUAUCAAAGUACAUGGAAAAAAUGAUAAAAAUGAAAUUAUUGAACGUUUGUAUUCUCAUAAAAUUAUACCCCGUACACUAGAACUAAGUGUUACUAUUGAUAGUCACUCGUCAGCAUAUAUGAAACCCGGAGAAGAAGCAAAAAUUGGUUUUACACUGAAUAAUCAUAAUCCAAAUGACUUGACUAUCGAUAUUUCAAUUGUACAAUCGCUUCCUCUUUUUACUAUAACACUGGAUACAAGUCAGUUCAUAUUACAAGCAAAUAAAACACUGACAAGCUAUUUUAAACUAAAAGCUUCAAAUAAUUUGACACUGAUUGAUUAUACUUCAGAAAUAUCUAUACUGGCCAAAAGUCCAUUUCAGUUAGAUGCAUUCAAUGGUUAUGUACUGCGUGCAACUAUCAUUUCACCUUUUAGUGAUGUUGAACCACCUCAUUGUACACAUUUAUUUCCAUCGGGUAAAAACCUAAAUGAAAUGUGUCAAGGUAUAAUCAGUUCAUGUUCAUCGAGACAUUGGGAUGUUCUUUUGAAUGUAACAGAUAGCUAUAACAAAUCGAUUGUUUAUCCGCCCAAUGUUCGACUAGGUCUACAUUCAGUUGUACUCACUUAUUAUGAUAGUGAAGAUGUUUUACAAUCAAAUAAGGAUACAAUUAAGUUUGUAGUUAAUGAAACAAAUAAAUUUAAUUUACAAAUGCUUAUGUCAUCAAACGAUUGUUGUAGAAAAUAUGCUGAUAUUGUAGCAUACGAUCAGAAUGGAAACAAAGCAACUUGUAUGGAAUUUCAGCGGGUUUCAUUUUCGAAUGCAUAUCAUGAAACAAGAAUUAGCUGGAAAUUAUUAGUUGUUCUGAGUAGUAUUAUUAGUAAACUAUUUUAA